AAUAGAUUAACCCCUAUGUGAAUCUAGUUUGACCAAAGCACACACAUUUUUGACAAUGGAGCCGACAACGCCGCUCCUGCCUCCGUCGGCGUCAUCAACGCACAGGGAUAUUCUCUGGCUGGUCUUCAGUCUGGUCGGCGGGAUGAUCUACGGGUACAACGUCAGGUACGCCCGUCAUCCCUUCUCUUAGUCUUCAUGCAUUCUCCGUAUGCACAGCAUUGCGCCUUCGCUCGCGUACAUUGCCGACGACUUGGUCGGUCUAUCGCAAUUCCUCUUCCUAACUGCCUGGACUAACUCGUAUGCCUUUAGAGCCUCUCUACGUCCCAGCAAGAGAUGGCAAGCGCGUCCGCCACGUUGAGCGACACCAUCACCAUGCUCGUGGGCGGCCACCUCGCGGACGCGUUCGGCCGGCGUCGCACGGCCAUCGCCGCGUGUAUGUUGAGCAUCGUAGGCGCACUCGGCAUCCUCAUCUUCCACGCUUCGUUUUCAGCCUUCCUCAUUUGGCGACUCUGCGCUGGCAUCGGCAACGCGCUCUCGAUCCUCGUCCUCCCCAUGUACAUCUCCGAGUCGGUCAGCACCAGUCGCCGCGGCCGCUGCAUUUCCCUCUACCAACUGGGGGUCUUAUCGGGCACGUUGCUACCAUAUGCGAUGAUGUUACUGUCAGAAAACUGGAAGCUAACAUUUACGCUGGGGGCGGUCCCCGGUCUAUUGAUCGGCGGCUGCUUUUUCACCGGGUACUUCCCUGAGAGCCGCCACCACGCCCCCCACCUUGCUGAGUUCCAUAAGCAGCCAGACGCGAACAACUCGAGCUCCCAUGUGAUGCUGCUCUUCCUGGGGGUACUGCUCGCGUACUCCAACAACUCGAUCGACCCCACGCUCUUCUACGGCCCCACAAUCAUCUCCCAGUUCAUCCGCAGCUCAUCCCGCGUCUCCGCCAACCUCGUCGGUCUCGGCCUGUCGUCGCUGUCCGUGCUAUCCGUGGCCGCCGCCGCCGCCUUCCUCCGGCCAACGUUCCCCCGCCGCCCCUUGUACCUCGUCUGCCACGGCGUCGUCGUCGUCUGCUUUCUCGCGGCGUCCGUCCUCUUCGCCGCCUCGUCCUCGUCGGCGGUCCUCGCGGUCCUCGGCGUCAUGAUCCUCUUCCAGACGUGUGGGCCGGGCCUCCUCUUCGUCCUGAUCGUGUCCGAGCUGUUCCAAGACCCCGCCGUCCGCGCGACGUCCAUGGGGUACUGCACCUUUGCCAUGUCCGCCUUCUCGCUACUCAUCAACGGCACCCUCCUCAGCCUCUUUUCGGCGCUCGGCGUCGGCGGUACCUUUGCAGCCUACGGAGUCUCGUACGCGGCUUGCUGGGUCGUGUUCUAUCUCUACCUGCCCGAAACCUCGACCCGCCAAGUCCAAGCCUAACGGUACAAAGUCUGGUAGCAUUUCGAAAAUAAUAUGCCAUUUUCUGGCAAAAUGGGAAAAAUAUAUAUACUGCCAG